CGCCAUUGACAACAUGAUGCAAUUGGUACGAGAGUCAUGGUAUUGUACAAACCCGUAAACCAGUUCUGGUGUCUGUCUGUCAGAUGGAAAAAUAUUCAAAGCACUUGGAGCAGCUCGUGAAUGAGAGGACUGCAGAACUUGAAGUGGAGAAAGAAAAAGCUACGGAUCUUCUGUACAGAAUGAUACCUCAGGCAGUUGCAGAAGAGCUAAAGAACGGCAAGACUGUGGAGGCAGAGGAGUUCUGCGGAGUUACCAUUUUCUUCAGUGACAUUGUGGGUUUCACGACGCUGGCCGGUGACAGCACACCCAUGCAGAUUGUUGGCCUCCUCAACAAGCUGUACACAGAGUUUGACCGGGUCCUGGACCAGUUUGAUGUGUAUAAAGUGGAGACCAUUGGCGAUGCCUAUAUGGUUGUGUCAGGAAUACCGAGGCCCAACGGAGACCGACAUGCCGGAGAGAUUGCCAAAAUGGCUCUGAAGCUGAUGGCGUGCUGCGAGAACUUCACCAUUCCCCACAAGCCAGACAUCAGGCUCCAGAUACGGGCUGGGAUCCACUCAGGGUCGGUGUGUGCCGGCAUUGUGGGGGUGAAGAUGCCACGCUACUGUCUGUUUGGUGACACUGUCAACACUGCCAGUCGCAUGGAGAGCAACAGUCAAGCAAUGAGCAUCCAGUGCAGUGAUGCCACUUAUCAGCUGCUGGGAAAAUUGGGGGGAUUUACCCUCGAGGACAGAGGAAACAUUAACAUCAAGGGGAAGGGUACAAUGAACACCUGGUGGCUGAAGGGUUACACUGAGCCAGACGAAGGGAUCCUGCCUCCUUCCCCCACCUCGGGAAGACACGCCCACCUCCGCCACCACCAAGGAACCCAUUCGUGACGCUCCCAAAAAGAUCAGCAGUGUUGGAGAGGCAGGAGAGAAACCCCCAGACCUUCGAUGUUCGACCAACAGCCUCCAGCGAGGACCCAGUUCCGCUGCACUGGAUGUGUUCAAGAGACACCAGAGCCUCACAACCAGCAGCUUCAGCAACCUGCUGUCAGUGGAAGAGGGAGAUAGGCUGGGCAGGGAAAAGAUGGUGACGCCAAAGCGGUCCAUCACGAUGCCACGAGAGGUCACCAGUUAUGACUCGACCACGGAGCUGCCUCAGAUGAAACAGCCAGUCAAUACAGCAUCGCGGCACUCUGUAUCUCACAUGACAGCCAGCACCUCACCCUCAGGCAAUCGGAGGAUGACUCAGCCUAACAUGGAGACUGUGGGUCUGGGCUCCUCAGGAGGCGAUAGGACAGUCUCUCGUACCAGUGCCACACUGACCCUCGCUCCUCUUGACACCAACAAUGAAUCCAAACUUUAAGAUUAGGUUUAUAAUAAGAUUAACACUUCCUUCAUGUUGAUAAUGAAAAGCACUAAAGUGCAAACCCUUGGCACACUCUAUAGAAAUGUGGAACCCAUACACAAGUGUGGCACCACCACAAUUGAUGGUCUUCACCAUGCAUCAGCAUGUUAUGCACCAUUUCCAUGGAUUAUUAUCAAUAGAAAAAAAAGGCCAGCCGCUAUAUCUGUUUGAGGCCCAAAAAAUAUAUACGGUUGAAAAAUUGCCAACUUUUAUCUCUCUAUUAAUAUUCGUAUGUACCCGUGGAUUGUUUAGUGCAAAAAAAUAAAUUUCA